AUGGGGUUGUGGGGGCGACUUUGUUGCUCAGAUGGGGUGGCGUUGCUCGGGGCCGGCUGGAGCCGUGUCCUGCCUAUCGUUGACGGCGAUGAGAUACCGCUGGCUCUUGUUCGACGCCGAUCGCACCCUGUUCGACUACGAUGCGCCGAGGUCAAUGCCUUCGAGGAGGCGCUGGCGGCGCACCAAGUCGAUCAGCCGAGCCGUCUGCUGGCUGACUACCAGCGCAUCAACGAGGCGCUGUGGCGAGCGCUGGAGCGCGGCGAGGUCGAUCUGCCGCGGCUGCGGGUGGCACGCUUCGAGCGGCUGAUCGAGGAUCAUCGGCUCGAGGCCGACGCCGAGCGGCUUUGCGAGGACUACGUCGCCUGCCUCGGGCGGCAGGACGAUCUGCUCGAUGGCGCUCGGCAGCUACUCGACGAGCUCGCCAGUCAGGUGACCUUGGCGUUGGUCACCAACGCCCGACCGGCGGAUCUUCGACGAGACCUUUCGCCGCCUCGGCGAGCCACCCCGCGACAGGCGCUGAUGAUCGGCGACAGUCUGAGCUCGGAUAUCCGCGGCGGCGCAGACUACGGCCUCGACACCUGUUGGUACAACCCGGCUGGUUUGCAGCGCAGUGCCGAACCCCGGGUCAGCUACGAGGUUUCCCAUCUCGACCAGAUCCCCGCUUUGCUGCAGUCCCGAGCCUGA